UAUAUAGCAUUUACCGACCCCCCGAAAACACAAUACUAUUGCCUUUCUUUCUCAUCUAUGGCUCUCGUGAACAGGCUUCAAUCUCUCUCAUCCUCUCUGUCUUCUACCCAUUUCAGAAGCCGCAGACCCUCAAACCCACAACCCAUUUGCUCUCUACACUUCAAUUCCUCUUCUUCCUCCCCAUUUACAGAGAAGCACUCCGUUCAGAGGUACCAACGAGAUCAAUGGGUCUACAAUCACCAACUGCAGGACGACCAAGCUACUUCGUCGCCUUCGUCUUCGUCUUCAUCCUCGUGCUGCUCAGUCAUGCCUGAUUUCGAUUCGUCGGUGGGAGAAAACGACAUCGCUUUGCAGCUACCGGAGCUGAAGAAGCUGCUUCUGGUGCUUAAAGAGAAGAGGAAAAGUGAAAGAGGCGGUGGUAGUGGCGACUUUGGGCCCGGGAAUGUGCUCUUGGUGGGCACUGGGCCUGGAGACCCUGACCUCUUGACUUUGAAGGCUGUCAAAGCCAUUCAGAACGCUGAUUUGUUGUUGUAUGACCGAUUAGUGUCUAACGAUGUUUUGGAUUUGGUUGGUGCUAAUGCUAAACUUCUCUAUGUUGGAAAGACUGCUGGCUACCAUAGCCGGACACAGGAGGAGAUACAUGAAUUGCUAUUGAGUUUUGCUGAAGCAGGGGCAACUGUUGUUAGACUUAAAGGAGGGGAUCCUCUGGUGUUUGGGAGGGGUGGAGAGGAAAUGGAUUUUCUGCAACAACAAGGGAUUCAAGUGAAAGUAAUUCCAGGUAUCACUGCUGCGUCAGGAAUAGCAGCAGAGCUCGGAAUUCCAUUGACUCACCGUGGUGUUGCAACUAGUGUUAGAUUUCUCACAGGGCACUCAAGAAAGGGAGGAACGGAUCCUCUCUUCGUAGCGGAGAAUGCAGCUGACCCUGAUACAACCUUGGUGGUAUAUAUGGGAUUGUCAACUCUCCCGUCCCUUGCCCUAAAGUUGAUGCAACAUGGUCUGCCGUCAACGACACCAGCUGUUGCAGUUGAACGAGGGACCACGCCUCAGCAGCGCAUGGUUUUUGCAGAGUUAAAGGAUCUGGCCAAUGAGAUUUCGUCGGUAAAGUUGGUAUCUCCUACACUGAUCGUCAUUGGGAGAGUGGUUGCACUUUCCUCAUAUUGGCCACAUUCUGUAGAAGAAGCAUCCUCCUUGGCGGAGGCGAAAUAAUUUUUUUAAUGAAUUUGAGGAGAUAUCCUAAAAUCUCUCGCCAGAAGCUGGGUUUACAGAUAUUCAACCCUGAACAUUCUUGUCCCAGAUGGAUUUCGUUUCCUCACAGCGAAGGAAUCUAGAUGUUCAAUGAGCUCUGCUGCGAAGAGAGACGACGAAUUUGUUUGGAUGCUAAUGGAAUAAAAUUUCGGGGUAAAUUGUAUGUAGACUGAUUUUGGAGUUAGUCUGAGACCGGGCCUUGACAGUACCACAUAAAUUUCAGGAAGAAUGUACUUCAGAAUGAAGUAUUCAGUUCAUUGCUGACAUGCCAACGAAGUGCAGACAUUUUUUUUAUGUAAUUCAUUAUUUUUUAGAACCAUUUUAAAGAUUACAUUGAUAUCAUAUGCCUACUUAAUAAAAUUGCACAUCUAGAUGCACUCAGUCCAAUAUUUGAAUCCUUA